UUUCUUUCUUUCUACAUCAAGUAAUUCAACAGGUUGAACUUGUCUGUCUCUUCGUUCUCUGUGUUAAACUAAACUAAUCCUAUACAUUUCUGAUGGCUUUCAGUUCCAACAUUACCUUUUUCUUCAUUGAAAAUAUUGUCUCUUUCAUGGUUUUCUAAUGUCUUCGCUCAAUUUCCAGUAAAUUUUUGGUAAAUCUCAGUAAAAUCUGAUCUGGGUUCGUGAGAUGUCUCAGUUCUUCCGCUAAAGAUCCUUUCUUUCUUUCCCAAGAAAAGGCUUUGCAGUGAAAGAUUGCUUUUUUUUUUUUUCAAAGAAUUUGAGGUGGUGUGCGGAGAGUAUUAUGAGAGGUUGAGGUGGGUUCUUGGUUAGAAAAUUGAUUCAUCAAUGGCAGAAGAAGAUUCGAUAGAGCUUAAGUUCAGGCUUGCAGAUGGCACCGACAUAGGUCCAAGCAAGUAUAGUCCGGCAGCCACUGUGGCCUCUCUCAAAGAGAAAAUAAUUGCACAAUGGCCUAAAGAUAAAGAAAAUGGUCCGAAGACAGUGAGCAAUGUGCAGCUCAUUCACGCUGGAAAGAUACUGGAAAAUAACAGGACGAUUGCUGACUCUAGACUCCCAGUUGUUGAACUUCCAGGAGGUGUCAUCACUAUGCAUGUUGUUCUGCGUCUUCCAUUACCUGACAAAAACAGCAAUAAACUGCAGAAUGAUUUUCCAAAGAAGUCCAGGUGUUCAUGCUCAAUCUUGUGACUGCAUGUGAAAGCUUCUGUAUUGUUGUUAGAGCUUCUAUAUGUUCCCAUUAGACGUUUACCAAAAUACAGUCGGAAAAUUCCUAGUGUUCGGGGAGUUCCAGGAAUCCCAGGGGCUGCUGAAAGGAGAAGCUAGGAGGUCUUUGGUCAAGAUGUUUAUUCAUUUGCUUAACCUUAUGGUUUACUCAACUAAAAUCCUUGCAUUCCUUCAUUGGUUGUGAAUAAAACAAAAAGAAACAAUAGGAAAUCAUAGGGGCGGAAAAUUAUCAUUUCUGUUUCAUUGGGGUGUUUAUUGUAAUUUGAGUGUUUUAUGAAAGGGUAGAAGAAUUAUUGUUCACAUGUAACUGUCAUUAUUUACGCACUGCUUAACGACUGUCAAGAGUUGCUGUGUUAUACCUGAUAAAAUGCAACAUAUCACAGUUUCAUUCUAUUGUCUCGAAGCUGGGAAAUGAGCAAACAAGGCUCCGUUAUUAUGGGACAAAAGGAAUGGUGAAAAUCAUUAACACGGAUAAUUGUGAAAUU